AUGGCAUCGAAUGCGGCGGUUCCGUUCUGGAGAGCGGCGGGGAUGACUUACAUUACGUACUCCAACAUUUGCGCGAAACACGUAAGGAAUUGUCUCAAGGAACCGUUUAAAGCCGAAGCCCUAAAUCGCGAGAACGUUCAUUUCUCCAUCUCCAAAUGGGUUGAUGGAAAGGCUGAGAAACCAAUUUUACGUUCAGACACACCUGGAGUUUGA